CAUAGGGUUAUUUGUCUCUAUAAAUAGGUACUCCAUAUAUGCAGGUUCUCGCAAGCCCCAACAGGUUCACAAACUCAAAUAUCAGUAUGAGUCCCAUUCGUGUGGAAGUAGCAAUUCUGUGUUGUGCAUUGGUUGUGCUUGGAGCACUACCCUUUUCCUCAGAUGCACAGCUAGACCCUUCCUUUUACAAUAAAUCAUGUCCCAAUGUGCAUUCCAUUGUACGUGAAGUCAUCAGAAACGUUUCUAAAUCCGAUCCUCGAAUGCUUGCUAGUCUCAUCAGACUCCACUUUCAUGAUUGUUUCGUUCAAGGGUGUGAUGGAUCAAUUUUGUUGAAUGAUACCGCUACGAUUGUGAGUGAACAAAGUGCAGCGCCGAAUAACAACUCUAUAAGAGGUUUGGAUGUUGUGAAUCAGAUCAAAACUGCAGUGGAAAAUGCUUGUCCUGGUGUUGUUUCUUGCGCUGAUAUUCUUGCCCUUGCUGCUGAAAUAUCCGUUGUUCUGGCCAAUGGUCCUGAUUGGAAAGUUCCCUUGGGAAGAAGGGAUAGUUUAACAGCAAACAAAACCCUUGCUAAUCAAAAUCUUCCAGCUCCAUUCUUCAACUUUACUCAGCUCAAGUCCGCCUUUGCUGCUCAAGGUCUCAACACUACUGAUCUAGUAACACUCUCAGGUGCUCAUACAUUUGGAAGAGCUCACUGCUCUUUAUUCGUCAGCCGAUUAUACAAUUUCAGCAACACAGGCAAUCCUGAUCCAACUCUUAACACAACUUACUUACAAACACUGCGUGCAAUAUGCCCCAAUAGUGGACCUGGCACCAACCUUACCAAUUUUGACCCAACCACUCCUGAUACCUUUGACAAGAAUUACUACUCCAAUCUUCAGGUUCACAAGGGCUUGCUUCAGAGUGAUCAAGAGUUGUUUUCCACACCUGGUGCUGAUACCAUUGACCUAGUCAAUAGGUUUAGCAGUAACCAAACUCUUUUCUUUGAGAACUUUAAGGCUUCCAUGAUCAAAAUGGGGAACAUUAGAGUGUUAACUGGAUCUCAAGGACAAAUUAGAAACAAAUGUAACUUUGUUAAUGGGAACUCUGUUGGACUGGCCACCAAAGAAUCAUCAGAAGAUGGCAUGGUUAGCUCAAUCUAAAUAAAUUAACAAAAACAAAAUUAGGGUAUGCUUGAAAAUGCUGAGAUUAAAAGGUAUCUAAUAAAGAGUUCCGAUAGGCAUGUACAUGCCAUGUGCCUGCGGUGGAUCGCGAUAUAUAUACAUAUAUAUGGUUGUACUUUUGUGCAUUAUGGUCACUUGUCACUCUAUUGUAAGAUCUGAUUUCUUAUGUUAUGAGACUUUUUGUCA